AUGACCGCCUCCAAUAGCCAACAAGGCGGUGCCUUUGGCAUCACGAAGGCCAAGUUGAUGAUAGUAGCCUCGCUGGUUUUCACAUGGUGGUUCGCGCACCUCCUUCCCCACUACCAAAGCACGAUCCGCGAACAAGUCUCGGCCGUUGCCACGACCGUUACCUCGCGCCUCCAAGAAGCCCGCCAGCGGGUACCCGCUAUGAAAGUCGACUGGACCGUACCGGAAGAGCCCCGGGCCGAUUUUGAUGCGUCCAAGGUGGCUAUGAUCAUUGAACCGCGCGCCCUGCCUCACCUCGUACCGCUCAUUCUACACAUGAUCUCGGUCGUCCCACCCGAGUGGCGCUUCGUCUUCAUUGGCUCCGAAGAGAGUGUUUACAGCCUCAACCGCGCUUACGCCAUCAAGAACCAGCAGGUUAUCGGCAAACUCGAUCUUCUCGUCCUGCCUGAUCCGUGGACCAUCACCAACAAGGAAAUGGUAUUUCGCAUGCUUACCGACAUGCGCUUCUACGACGAGUUCCUACCGGGCGUCGAGUGGAUCCUUAAAUACGAGUCAGACAGCAUCCUCUGUGCUAACUCGCCAAAGAGCCUCAAUGACUGGCUUGAAUGGGCCUGGGCAGGCGCGCCGAAGGACCCCAACGACCGCUUUUCCGGUAACGGUGGCCUGUCGCUCCGCAAGGUAGCGGCCAUUCGCAGAAUUCUCGGCUUCCAGGCUCGGUACAACAACUCUGAGCCCGAAGAUGAAUGGUUCGGUCGUCGCCUGUACGUGCUUCCCGGUGAGAAGGUCACCUCUGGCCUCACCGCCCUCGCUGUCGAGGGUGUCUACGUCGAAAAGCCAAUGGGCUUCCACGUUGCCAAUAGCGGCCAAAACCUCCCUGAUGCAGUAUGGAAGGACAAGGCCCAGCGGAAGGAGAUUUUCGAUUACUGCCCAGAAUUGGCGAUGAUCAUGGAUAUGAAACUGGAGCGGGAGCGCUGCGAAGGAGACGACCACGAAGGUAAUAUCGCGGCGCGGAGCAGCUAG